CAAGCUAGGGCAGAGCAGCUGCAUAGUUCCCACCAGGAAGUCAGAGGCUCUGCUCUUGGCAACCAAACCCCGAGUGCUCCAUUCUUGGAGGAGGCCAUGGCUCGGAGAAAGGUAAGUUCGGGGGAGCUCCGGAGGAUGAAGAAGAAUCGUGAAAUCAGGGAAAAGAAAAACAAGCUCAAGGAAGGAAUGGAUGACGACUCAGCCGAGGAAUAUGAUGUUUGUGCGAUUUGUGAUGAUGGUGGUUCUGUAACUUGCUGCGAUGGUGUAUGUCAAAGGGCUUUCCACCUAGGGGCUUCCCACCCAGUCGACAGUGACGAUGACGACAGUGAGGAACAUGAUGAUUGCAGAGAAAAACUUGGGCUAACUUUAGAACAGGCAAAGAUGAUUAUCAGUACGGAAGAAGGUUUUAUAUGCAAGAACUGCCAGUUCAAGCAGCAUCAGUGUUUUGCUUGUGGAUUGCUGGGGUCUUCUGAUGACGCAUCAUCGCACCCUGAGGUGUUCCAAUGUGAGCGUGACAAUUGUGCGCACUUUUACCACCCUAAAUGUAUUGCUCAACUGCUAUACCCGGAUAGCGAAGAGGCUGCACUUUUUGAGGUCGAAGUUGCUGCUGCCAGGGAGAAAUUCACUUGUCCUAUGCAUGAAUGUAUCGUUUGCAAGGGUGUAGAGAACAAGAAUGACAGGAACAUGCAGUUUGCAGUGUGCAGACGCUGCCCAACUGCAUACCACCGGCAGUGCUUGCCAAGUGAUAUCAUUUUCAAAUCGCGGAGAGGCCCCAAUGGCUCGCUCCAAAGGGCGUGGGACGACAUUCUACCUGACCGAAUUUUAAUAUUCUGCAUGAAGCAUAAGAUUGUAAGGAACCUACGAACACCCGAGAGGAACCAUAUCAUCUUUCCUGAAGCCAAUGGAGUUCCCGUGCCGGAAACGCUUGAAGGUGCACCCAUGGAACAAGAUGUGCCUGAGGAAAUUGAGCCGCCCCCCUCCUCGGAGCAAACUCAGCCGCCUCCACCAGCUGCAAGCAACCAGAAUCAGUGCUCCUGUUCCAGUCCCCUCACAUUCGCUCCAAGCUUUUUGUACAGGCAACCAUAUCCAGGCUCUUGCGGUUGGAUCGAUGAUUGACCAUUCUCCAGACAGCCUCGAUCUCUGUAUGUUGUAGACGACAUAAACCAGAAGUUUACUGGUCGUCCUCUGCAAAUUAAAGUGGAUGUAGAUCGACAGCUUGCGUCUGUUAGAUGCGAGAAAACCUGAAUUCUUUUGUUGUCGUAUGAAACAUUUGGCUUUAU